AUGGAGUGGCCUCUCUUUGUGGAAGGACCAUGGCUUAUUAACUAACUUCCUGUGUUGGAAACACCCACCAGACUGGACUUCAUUGAAGAGCAAACUAAGCUCAUUUUGGGAGCUGGCCACUGCCGUGUUCGCCCCCUCCCGUAAGGACCCUAAGUCAGUUCUUCCAUAUCUCCCCUCUCAACACCUUUGUGUGGUGUUCCUGCACCACCAGCUGAAGCCCUGGCAUGCCUUGUUCCCAAGCACACAAAAUUCAUGGAGAAAAAGAGGCCAAACACUCUGAGAAAACAUCGAGGCAAAGGCAUGGCUGGGAUCCCAGCACAGACUCCCCGUCCUCCUGCAGUUACAGUCUUCUUGGCUGAGCUGAGCCCUUUCCUCAGUGUUUGGCUUGGAUGUUAG